CAGUGCAUUCCGCAGUAGCCACUCACAGUUCCAUCGACCAUCGCCAGCUAGAGACACGAAAAUGUUGCUGCCUUGCGUGCUGCUGCUGCUGCUGCUGCCGAUCAUUGGCCAGGGGCUUAGCCACACUUUGCCGCAGCAGAAGCUACGAAUUAAACGCGACACGAGAGAUUUACCCACAGAUCUGUUCAAGCCAGUUGGAGGCGGAUCCCAAUCGAUGCCCAAGGCAGGACAAAAUGGUACGGCCAUUGUAGAAGAGCCCACAGAUAGUGUGGAAUUCCUGGAGAAAGUAGAUGGACAGGUUGAAGCUGUCACAGAAUCGGAGGAAACUGGCAGUAAUCAACCUUGGCCCAACUAUCCACCAAACUCUGUCUUUCGCAAUAAUUUCCCAUCGCCACCAUCAUCCGUUUUCGAUGGGAGAAACAAUGGGGGCGGGCCAGUAUUCUUUAGCCACAAUCGUGCGCCCAUUGCCAAUGGGAAUAACUUUCCAACGGGUCCUUUUUAUCAAAGUCCCAACCCGUUUCCCCCAUUGAGUGGCACAUUCCAAGGAGGCUCGGCAGCACCCAGAAGUUCCUCCAUUUCUGGCAGCCCUCGUCGCAGACCCUCUGCUGAUUCAGUUUUCCAGGAUCCCGAUGAAAGUAGGGAUGAAUUCCUUGAACGUAUGCAGAGAACUUUUCCAUCUGCAAGCUCCACGAAUCCCGUCUUUUAUGGUGGCAGUCCCAAUUCUAUACCCUAUCCCUCUCCCUCUAGGGGUGGUAGUUCGAUGACUCCAUUCUUUUCUGGCCCCAUUGGUCCCACUGGCCCCAUUGGCAGUUCGUCGAGCAGUUUUCAGCGCUCGUCGCAUUUUAGCUUCAGCUCCGAUGGCAAUGGACCACCGCAGAUCGAGCAAAGUGUGUACGACUCGAGGAUGCCAAGAUUUGAUACUUCCUCUUCAUCCAUGAGAUAUUUUUAGUUUGAAAAAUAAAAUACAAUUUCGCAUGGAA